AUGCCCUGGGAAGGUAAUCGUACUUUGUUGGUGGCCUUUUCUCUUCAAGCGAAGUACAAACUAGGAGGUGAGCAGGUAAAGAAACUCAGUGAGUUGGGGUUCCCCCAUAAGAUUUCUGAGGAGCCAUCUCUAAGUGCCAUCGGGAAUCCCCCGAAUCCCACGUGUACAUUGUUACGCCAGCAGCUCCUGUCUGCCGAACCGCUGCUGAAGAGCUCGACUCUCAUGCCAGAGGCUGAUCAUGCUGUUCAGGCUUGUCAGAGUUCCUUCCGGAAAGCACAAGCCGUUUCUUGGGAUGCGUAUCAGGAUUCUAUGCUCACGUAUCAACAGCCUCUUGAAGAUCCGCUCGAUGUCUUAGAAAUUGGAGCCCAGCCCGACAGCAGGAUCACAGAGAGAGUGCAACAACUAGGCGGUAAGGCCCAGCGCUUCACAAAUCAAGCCAUGCAAACUUUCAAUGACUUCUGGGUCAGCUGGGCAGGGUCUCCAAAAGAAGUGUACCUAGACCCGGCCGGGGAGUUCAGGUCAGAGCAAAUGUUAGAAUAUUUUCAAAUUUUAAAUGCCCGAACACACAUCACCGCGGCAGCGUGGCAACGUGGCCGUCUGGAGCGUCAUGGGGAUAUUCUUAAGGAUAUGUUGUCCCGUCUUGACAUUGAAAGUCCGAUCACCGACGAUUCUGCUUUUGAUCAAAUGCUGUUGCAAGCCGUGCUGGCCAAGAAUUCCUUGAUCCGUCACUCAGGGUUCUCUCCAGAAAAAAUCGUGUUUGGUAAGGCUCUCCGGGUGCCAGGAAGCUUGUCAUCAGAUGAAGACCUGACGGCUCACGCACUGGCCGAGGGGGAUGGUUUGGAGUCUGAGAGAUAUCGUCAGCGCUUAGAGCUUCGUUGCAGAGCUCGCCGGGCAUUCAUGGAUGCAGACAAUUCACAAGCAAUCCGACGAGCGACGCUGCGUCGCAGCAAUCCCGUGCGCGGCCCGUUCACCGCAGGAAUGUGGGUGUUAUACUGGAUAAAGAAAUCAUCCCCAAAUCGCUUAGCCGCCGGACGCUGGCAUGGGCCAGCUAAGGUUAUAUGUAUCGAGGGUACAUCGGUAGUUUGGCUAGCGCACGGUACUAACAUCAUUCGGUCCGCACCUGAAAACUUAAGGCCUGCAUCCCUGCGUGAGUGGCAACAUCUUACAGAUUCGCAGUUUCAGGAGCCGCUGAAGAAUGCCGGAGGUGCCAGUUCCUACUUGGACUUGACUGGUGUAUCAGAAGGGAACCAGUCAGCACCCCCCAAUGUAGUUCCGCCUGCUUCCACCGAACCUUCAAUAAUUAUGCCCAUGUCCCCUAUGGUUGUCCCUAAUCCCACCCAAUCUGCACCAGUGACAGAAUCCGAUGAGAUCGGACAGCCAGAACAGGAAUUGACACCACAGGUUAGUCAGGAGGCAACUGAAGUUGAGCGCGCUCCUUCCACAGAAGUCGCAGCCCCUUCAGGGUCUUCUGCAGCACCUACAGUGGCACCCCAGGGAGAGACUUUCCUAGGUCCUCAUGAGGUUCCCAUUCCCGAAUCAGAUGAAGGUCUGAUGUGUGAACAUGUGUACGCAGCAAGUUCAGAAACCGGGAUUCUGAAUGAGUUGGGUCAGGAGCUAAUCAACUUCACCACUGUGCAGACCUCAGCAGAGUUUCCAGGACCUCCAUUGGCCGAGGAUGGACUUCCCUUUGUCACGGACCCUCUCCAACACUCGGAGCAUCAAGCCUUUUGUUUGGAAGUCCCCAUAAAGCCUAAGGACCUCAAGAAGUGGCUAGUUGAGAGUGCCCCGGAACAGCUGAUCACUGUAGCUGCAGCAGGUAAGCGCUCUAGAGCUGAGGUAUGUCUAAAGGGUUUAUCAAGCAAGGAGGUGUCGCUUUUCGAAGCUGCAAAGCAGAAAGAGAUCACUUGUUGGUUACAAACCUCGGCGAUCCGAGCGAUCCUUCGCAGAAAACUUAAUCCUGAACAGAUCCUUAAAAGCAGAUGGAUCCUCACUUGGAAACCGCCCGAGGAAGGAGAGACUCAACACCGAGCCAAGGCCCGAUUAGUGGUUCUAGGGUAUCAAGACCCGAAGCUAGUGGAAGUGAUGAGAGAUGCGCCAACCCUGUCCCGUGAAGGACGGGCCCUGGUGCUUCAAACCAUCGCUUCAAAGAAGUUCCGAUUGGGUUCAGUUGAUAUUAAGACUGCCUUCCUGAGAGGAAAAGCCGAUGAAACAAAUCCCCUGGCCAUGGAACCUCCCAAAGAGCUUCGAAAGGCUUUGAAUUUAAAGGACGACGAGGUGUGUCAACUGCUCGGGAAUGCCUACGGUCGAGGGAUCCUUCGAGGCAUUCUGGGUAUGCACGUCGAUGAUGGGGUUUGUGGUGGUGACAAGGACUUUGGCCAGGUAGGUAUCACAUUUCUGCCAAUAGAGAUUGAUCGGCUUACGUUCGUCUCUUUCGGAGACGCUUCCUUUGCCUCCUCCAAGUGCCUGGCAUCCCAUCAGGGAGCGUUGAUCUGUGCCACCGAUGACCGAUUGCUAACCAAUCAGGAGGCCCCGUUAUCGCCCCUCACAUGGAGCUCUAAGAAGAUUCCCAGAGUAGUCCGUUCAACGCUGUCCGCUGAAGCGUAUGCCAUGUCCAAAGCAGUGGACAUGUUGGGCUGGUGUGCCGAGAACACCGAAUUCCGAUGGGUCCCCACGACUCUGCAAGCCGCGGACUGCUUAACCAAAGCCAUGGAUUCGUCACUCCUCCGCACCAUCUUAGCCCAGGGACGUUUCAAGCUGUACGAUGUUUCUCAGGACCUCCAAAAGAAUGCGCAGCGCAAGCAAGCCAUUGAAUGGCUGACACAAACACCUAAAGCUUCUUUACUGUGA